AUGGUAUCUCGGUGCAACGAAACCCUUGCUAUCUAUCCUGCAGAGUACCAAGAGCACACGACAUCAGCAAACGAGUCAACAGUACCAGCGGAUUCUACAUCCACCACUCAGGCGACCUUUGCAGUCAAUGAAUCCGCCUUCUGGGCCAUGGUUCGGCAGCAGGAGACGGAAUUCGAGGAGGCGCAGUCGAAGCACCUUCACGUAGAGCACAAAAUUACAGAAAAUCAUCCAAUGGAGAUUACGACGACAACGCCAGUAACAACGACACGACAGACACCAACCACAAUGGUUGAAUUUUGGACUUCAGAAGAAGCGGAAUUGACUGACACCACUUCUCUUCUUUCAACUGAUGCAAAGUUGGUUUCACUGAAGGGGUUACAAGGCCUUCUAGACCCCGGUUAUAAUAAGCAAAUUCGGAAAGAAACUAAGAUAGAGGGCUCAUGCUUCUCCAUUAUUUUAGAAAACUGCAGAGUCAUGCCACUCAUAACGACUUGCUCGGAAACCGAAAUGACUCAAGACUUCCUUUGGUACUAUGAUCAGAUCGAAAAACGCUGCCUAGUCACCUCCGACUGCAUUUUGAACGAGAAUCGCUUCGAAAGUGAGGCUGACUGCGAAUCGACGUGCCUGCCGAAAUCACCACUGCGGCGAUGCCUGGACCCCCCACAAGCUGGCUACGCGCAUUGCGGCUACGGCACCAACAAGCUGGGACCCACUACCACCAUUCAGAAGGCGUACUUCGACAAGGUCCUGGAACGAUGUUCGUGGUUUGUCUAUCUUGGAUGUGGCGGCAGUGACAACCAAUUUUCUUCUAUUGAAGAAUGCAACAAGACAUGCAUGUCCACUGAAGCACUUACCACAAUUCGGCAACACUCACAAGAAAUCUGCGAACUGCCCCACAUUUUAUCCGACGGACCGACAUGUGAGGAUCUGGGUCAGACGUCUUCCCGAUGGUACUACGACCCCAAGACGCAACUCUGCAAGGAAUUCGGUUAUUCGCAUUGUUCUGGAACGGCCAACAACUUCCUUUCCAAGUCAUCCUGUGAACUGUUUUGCGGGGCGAAAACACUCAGUCAAGAGCUCAUCUGUGAGCUGCCUCCAGAAGCAGGGGACUGUCCACUUCAGCAACCUCACAAAAUGUGGUACUACGAUAGUGGAAACGGAGACUGCCUUGCCUUUACUUACACCGGCUGUGGCGGCAACGAGAAUCGAUUUCCUUCGAAGGCAGCCUGUCGUGAGACCUGCAAGCCACAAGCUCAAGAACCUGAAGUGAAGUCUACCCCUGUCGAACCCGAAGAUGAAGAGCUCCUUGUGCCUGAGGAAGGGAUCAGUGUCGAGCCCUCGUCUGAGGAGAAAGGAGAGCACCAGGGGUCAGCUACUCCACGAAAACCUCUAACUGUGUUUCCACUGUUGAUUUAUGAUGUCACCAACUUCAGUCCACAGUCGGUUGAUAUUGAGCCAUGUAGGAAGCGACCUGAGCCAGGCCAAUGUGUUCCAAUUGAGUGCGAGAACAGAACUGAUUGUCAGACGAAGCGUCUUGUUCGGUGGUUCUUCAAUCCUCGCACGAGCAACUGCGAGAAUUUCCAGUACAGCGGAUGUGGUGGCAGCGCGAAUACCUUCGACUCCGCCCAGUCCUGUUCCAUUGCUUGCAAACAAAGAAUUAUGAGGCCCGAGCGAGACAAACGCUGUGACAACAACCCCAAACAAGAUGGAUGCUACAGCCUUCCACUGCCGCAACACAAGGAAGAGGUACUUCCCGAGCCUGAGGUUCUUUUCUACUUCAGCGUUGCCAGUGGCACCUGCAGAGCCUUCCACUUGAAACUUGACAAGGAGCAGUGCGGACGAGAGGCCUACUUUACCGAUGGCCAGGAAUGUCUCAAGGCAUGCGCCAAAUCCUCUCCAACCGAAAAGGACUUGCCGCACCGAUGCUUUGCCCGCAAGCUCAAUUCUGGAAAGAUAAAGUGCCCCAUUGAGCGACACAACAUCUCCCGUUGGUCAUACCUCCCUGACCUUCAGCAGUGUGUUCUCUUCUCGGAGUGCCACAGUCGCGAUGGACCCGCCUCAUCUGCGUGGGGAAACAACUUCGACACCAAAGAACUCUGCGAAACCACCUGCAUGCCCAAAGGGCUGAAAGACGUCUGUCGUUUGCCAAAAGACGCAGGCCCAUGCUCAGGGAGCCACGCACGGUACUACUACGACCCGGUGAAGGGCAAAUGUAGCCUCUUCAUGUACAGUGGUUGUCUGGGCAACGGGAAUCGCUUCAACACAAAGGCUGAAUGUGAGGAUGCCUGUGGGGCACUGAGUCAAGUUUACGAGACAGGCGAUUCCGUUACCACGACAAAGGUCGAGGUACUAGACCAGGUAGAGAAUGUUACACCUGUUCCUGCAGAGGUCUUUGAAGAAAUGCGACGCAUCAAGAUUAUGUACUCGGAAAGAUAUCCGUGGGAUUUCUGCCUACAACAUCACACCUAUGGAACCUGCCCACGACCCAGGCGUCUUCACGAUGGAAGUGCUGAUCACAGUGUUCAUUUGACGCGUUACUUUUUCAAUCGGAAGAGCAAAAAAUGUGAGCCCUACUUCUACACUGGCUGUGGAGCAAGAGGGAACCACUUCGAAACGAAGAUAGAAUGUGACCGCGUGUGUACUCGCAGGCUUCGUCGAUCAGUUGCUCCUGUCUGUGACGCAAGUAAGGUGGAGGAAUGUCCGGGAAGCGAGAUGAAGGUUUGGAUUUACGAGCAGGAGAUGGGGGCCUGUCGCCAAAUUGAAGCCUGUUCCAGCACCCAGGCCUCUUCCGCCUCCGCCUCCUCAUAUAGAUUUCCGUUUGGAAUAGCAAGCAGUCUGUUCAGUCUUUGGCCAAGCCACGCCACCACGCAAAUCCAGCCUGGCACUUUUGCGUCGAGUUCAGCUUGUUACAACCAAUGCCUGCCGCGAACACCCAGUGGAACCGACGUCACAAACAUCUGCCACAUGAACCCCAUCACUUCCGUUUCAAACGAGUGUCGGAUGAUGGGCGAGAGGUGGUACUUUGACGUGAAAGAUGGGUACUGCCGCAGUUACAUAUCAUGCCCAGUGUAUGGGAACAACUUUGCGGACGAAGAAACCUGUAACGCAGCUUGUCGGCCAAAACACAUUUCUGCGUGCAAGCCACCCAAACAGUAUUCACCCUUCAAGUGGCUUUCUAAACCGUCUGUGACGAUUGCUGACCACCUGCCACCCCGUCAAGCCCGGGCUAGGGCUUUAAGUAACCGUCAAUUUUUUCAAUUAAUUCCAACCCCUUCAGAGGUUUGUCGACUACCACUGGACUACGGCGGCUGUUCAAAGUUUCUCCCUCGUUGGUACUACAACACCGAAAAACGCAGAUGCGAGCAGUUUUCUUAUGGCGGAUGUUUCGGCAAUUCAAAUCGUUUCUUAACUAAGCGUGAAUGUGACAACGCCUGCACGCACAACGACGUUUGCGGACUACCAAAGCCGAAAGAGGCAGAGGAAAACGAGCCUUCCGAACUACGCUACUACUUCAACCAGAAUACAGGAGAAUGCGAGAAGUUCUUUUUUGGUGGGAAGAUACCGCAUGGGAACAAUUUCGCCAACGAAGCAACCUGCCACAGCGUUUGCAUCUCCUCGCCCAGCCUACUGCCUGUUUCUGUAAAAAUAAACAAAAUGGCAACCUCCAUGGAACGCUUAGCUUCCAAGUUCGGUAACGUGGCUAAGCAACCAAUCAUGUCGAGUGGUCACAAGGCCAGCUGUCUGUCUUCACCACAGCUGCUAAAUAUUCUCAAAAACGAAACCAUACAUAACUGUCAUCCUGGAGGAACAGUGACAGAACUGGCCUAUGCCUACGACAGCGGAUCCAAUACCUGCUUCCCAACCAUGAUCUACGUUUGUCUAGACUACCCGAACGAGCCAUACCGCAUUAAAAUGCUGGGUCGGCCGCUCAUUUUUGAGAGUCAGGCUCACUGUGAAAACGAAUGUCAUCGCUCUGAAAGAUGA